CCUUUAGUCGAGUGACGUCACGAAUGCUGAAGAGGCGGCCAUUUUGAAAUGAAAAGAGAAAAGUAGUGUGGUAUUUUAUAACUUUUUCUACUCAGUUAGCAAAAAAGAAACUGUUGUUAUGCAAAGGCUAUCUUUAGAGAUGAACGAGGAAGUACCAGAGGAUCUGUCCCGCAGGGCAGAGAUUUUUAGAUCAAAAUUGAUUGAAGACUUUCAACUUUUGGACAUGCUUUUAGACAGAGGUGGUACCGAAGUCCCAAAAGUAUAUUCUAAUGAAAUUGUCGAUGAUGCAGCAAUGGAUGAUCUACUACGUGAGAAUCCCCAAGGACUGAUUAAGUUCCAGAUGUACUCCAAGAAAGAUGAGCAGAAAUUCCAUGACCGCCGUCUGAAUAGAGUGAAGAAUAAGAAUAGCAUCCCACUUGGACCCUGGGCACACACUGUAGUGGAAGAUCCAAAGGUGCAGAAUUUCAUGAUGAUAUUGAUCAUUACCAACUCAGUUGUCCUUGGAAUUCAAUCAGAGGUGUCCCAGAUCACAGACCCAUCACUUGAUGCACUUAAGGUCACGCUCAAUGUGUUUGACUUCUGCGCACUUACAAUCUUCGUCAUUGAGAUCAUUGUCAAGUGGAUUGAUGGCUUCUGGUCGUUCUGGAAUAAUGGCUGGAACAUCUUUGACUUCUUUGUCACUAUUAUGUCUGUUGUGCCAGAAGUAAUCAAGUUUUCAUCUGGGCAAAACACCGCUGAAGUUGCGGUUAUCGCUGAUAACUUGAGAGUGUUCAGAAUUCUGCGCUCCCUCAAGAUGGUUUCUAGGUUCGCACAGCUUCGCAUCAUUGUGCUGACGAUCCUAAAGGCAUUCAAGUCUAUGGCAUUCAUCAUGAUCUUGUUGAUGACGUUUAUGUACAUCUUUGCGGUCGCUGGGACCGUCAUCUUCGCCUCCGCCGCGAAAUCCAACCGCACUGACCUCAAGUACAAGACCAGCUUUAGCACCCUUGGCAACGCUCUGAUCACCCUGUUCCAACUGUUCACCUUGGAUCACUGGUACAUGAUCUUGACGGAGCACGUCAAGGUUGUGAACGUGGUCACGGCCCAGAUCUACAUCAUCCUGUGGAUCUGCAUCGGCGCUUUCAUCUUUAGGAACAUAUUCGCAGGAAUCAUGGUCAUGAACUUCCAGAACAUUCGAGACGACUUCAACAAACACGUGAAAGAACAGACACAAGUAAUCGAGGCGGAACACAUGAGGCAGCACCUGACAGAGGAGCUAGAUAGACAGGACAAGCUACAUGCUAGAACCAGACGAUCAAGUAGUGCCGACAAUGAGCUGUUCGUCAAGGAGGCCGUCCGCCCGGACAUGCUGCCGUCCCUUGCCGAGUUGUCCGACUCCGACUCUCAUGAUGAAGGAGUCAAGGGCAAGCGAGAGGAUGCGCUAGCCGAGUUGGGCAGCAAGCUUGCGAAACUCAGGGAGAAGCCGAUAGCCAUGGCUACAAGUGACAUGAAUCCAUUCAUGUGUGUGCGCGACGAUGUCAAGGAGACUUCUGAUGACUGGAAUGCGACCGUGGCUGCGAAUCUAAACGUGCUGAAGACCAUACCUGUGGAAACACUUUGGCCCCGGGACUCGCUGUUCAGGUAUCUACAGCUGAUGGAGGCCAUGCAAGAGAACAUCACUGAGCGGCAACAGAUUCUAAAAAUAGCAGAUGAAGCUUUGGUGAAGUUACAUGAUUCUUAGUUUGAAACUUCUCACACUUUUAUCAGUUGAGACUUGAUGCCAGUUUUGGUUUAAACUAUCAUGUACUUUGCUAUCUUAACUAAGUAACACACUUCAUUGUGCCUGAGCAGAAUCAGACAACAGCAUGCAAAGCAAAACAAAUGAUGCAGGCUUUAAAACCAAUGUGUAUUUUUAACUCUUGGUUGCUGAAUUUAGCUCCAGUUUCUUAUGUCCUAGAUGAGAUAAUGUAGGAUUACUCAAGGAAAAAAGAUAUAGGAUAGUAGUUGUGGUAGAACAAAUAAGGCAAACUGAGGUAACUGCCUCAAUUAUGAUUAAAGAAUAUUUUGUGGCAUCUCUGAGUAUAGCUCUCUGCUCAGCCUCAAAAAAGGAACUUGCGCUAAGAGAUCACAUGACCUUUUUGGGUGUCAAAUUCAAAACAAAAUAAUCCAUCACACCAGAAACAAUAAAAAAAUAAAAUCUUUAAAUGAACCUAAACUCUUUCUAAAAAAAGAAUUCUGGCUUUUUUUUUAAAGUGCUGAAUAAGUUGCUUUUUGUUGCUAUUAUUUUGCCGCUAAAGAGCCUGAGCAUGCUAGUUUGCCACACAAACAAUCAUGUGAUCUCUUAGUGCAAGUUCCCUAUUGGCGGACUUAUCUGUCUUAGUCAAGGUGGAUAUAGAUAAACCAAUCUGUCAGCCAAUAAGAGUUAUAACUGGAGACCAGGCAGUUUGUAUCUUGUUACAAGCCUUGUGUUGGAAUUAGCAUUUUAAUUAAAUCCAUCAAUUCAUAAGAUAGAAAGACCCAUGAAUAACAAAGAAAGCUGUGACUACAAUAGCGUGUAUGAGAGCAUUUACAAGCUGUAAUUUGUCGUCCCCUGAUUUGGUCAGUGAAGAAAAAAAUAAGGUGUGGCACUAAAAAUCACAAAACUGGGCCAAUAAAUUGGAGUGUGUGUGUGAAUUAACAAUUACAUUUUGUUGCACAGGAUUUUGAAAACCACUCUAUAAUUAGUGUGUUAUUGUAUCAAUGUAGAUUUGGAUAAAAGGAUUCAAUGCAUAUUACCCUUUCUCAAAGAUUGACAAGAGGCAUUUUCUGUAAAGUUGUGAUUUAAUGUAUAAAGAUACAGUGUAUUUGUGGGACAAUAAAUUUGAUAUGUGUA